CAAAUUUUUACCUCCUUUUUUAGUCCUCCUCCUUGCCUCGGUGUUCCGCCAACAUUGAGGUUAAGAAAAAAAAAAAAAAACAAAAAAAAAAAAACAACAAUGUUUUCUGGCUCUCUGCAUGCAGUCACUGAGAUCUUGGAUGCUGAGUGUUGCUGCUCCGGCAACAUCCGCUGAGAAAUAUAAGCCCUACGUACUCGCACACGCUCUUGAUAUUUUUGCGGCUCUUUUCUAUUCUCCCUCUUCUUUUUUUUAAUACAGCUUCCUAAAACAUGUUGAUAUAAUUCCAACAUUUUGCUUAUUUUCUGCCUUUUUUCCUUCACUCACCUUUAUCAUCAUGGCUUAUUUUGGUGCGAUUUUAUCUGAUUUUGAAGUGUUUCUCUGCUGUUGGAGCCUGUACCUGUGCCAUGUCGCAAAAAUGACUCUUUUGAUUUUCCCGUUAAGGAUUUUGCUUUUCUAAUAGCAGGCAGAGCUCCAGGAAUAGGAUGACUGGGAAGACCCAGACCAGCAACGUGACCAACAAGAAUGACCCGCGCUCCCUGAACUCCCGCGUCUUUAUCGGCAACCUCAACACGGCCGUGGUCACCAAAGCCGACAUAGAGGCCAUCUUCGCCAAAUACGGCAAGAUAGUGGGCUGCUCCGUUCACAAGGGCUACGCCUUCGUUCAGUACGCCAGUGAGAGGAACGCUCGGGCAGCUGUGGCCGGGGAGAACAGCAGAGUUAUCGCCGGGCAGUCUCUAGAUAUCAACAUGGCAGGAGAACCAAAACCAUACAGGCCGAAGAUUGUCUCCAAGAGACCCCUCUCAUCCCUCUACAGUGGCUAUGAGUUUGACUAUGACUACUACAGAGAUGAUUUCUACAGCAGACUCUUUGAAUACCACGGCCGUGUUGUGCCCCCGACCCGAGCUGUCAUCCCCAUCAAACGUUCCCGGCUUGUUGUCCCAUCCACUCGCAGAGCCAAAUCCUCCUUUCCAGUCAGGGCUUGUUCUUCCUCCUCUUCCUCCUCCUCUUCCUCCUCCCGAGCAAUCAACAUAGGCUCGUCCAUUACUGGCCCUAAACAAUGUACUCGCCAAAGCAAAUGCUGUGACCAGGGAACAAAGGCUUUGCAAAUGAAAAAAAUGAAGACAGACCAGCUCCUAACAAUCAAGAAGGAGCUCUCGCAUAUCAAGACAAAGAUCGACUCGCUGCUGGGAAGGUUGGAGAAGAUUGAGAGGCAACAUCGCUCUGAGACCGAGAUGCAGAGGAAACAGGAGGAGCUGUGUGAGCGUCUCCAUGGUGAUGCUGAAGACCACUCUGGAGGAGAGGAGGUGGAGGGAACAGUCGAGGUGGAGGCAGGAGAGAUGACGGACGGAGGUGAGGAUGACUUUGAAGAUGAAGGAACCAACGACAUGAUAGAGAACCACAUAUCGGACAUUGACAACUGAGUAAGCAAAGAAGUUGUGACAAUGGAUACCAGCAAAAUCCUCCUGAUCACAGAGGUGUGUUGAAAGGAAACAAUGUGGGAAGUGACUGACAGCAGAAUAAGAUGUUUUCAGAUGUGGUGCUGCUUGUUUGCCUCAUCCAAACUUCACACUCCUAAAGUGUGUAUUGUCAAAAAGUGGGAUACAAAUAUUUUCCUGACUACUCCAAAAUGCAAAGAGUAUUGAAUAUUCUCACGUCAGUAUGGUUGCUUUUCUGAAAGAUUCAGACAAAAACAGUAUAUUGUGUGUUUAUCAUUAUUUGUUCUGUAUUGUGCAUAUAAAUACAGUCAUGUGAACAGAAGAACAUGAAAUGGUAUUUUUUUGUUGUAUUUUGCUGUUUUGUUCAUGUUUCUGUGAGCCAGCCACACUGCAGGGAGAGAUCUGAAUAUGAAUGUAAGUUAAACUCCUAUUCUUUGGCACCUGAUGAUAAUGUGAUUUGUUUUAACUGUACAUUUGGGUGAAAUCUACACAUAGUAGGGUUUCUGCUGUGUGUCACUCUGUAUUGGAUGCAUACCAUGUUUCUCAUUUGUUCACAAUAAGAAGCAUUUUUUAUUUAUUUCAAUCUUUUUCAUAGUGAUCUAAAGAUGACUAAUUCUUUUUGGCAUGUUUAAAGUGUGACUAUUAUGGAUAAUUUGUAUUCACUACAUCUGUUGUACAGUCAUGGAUGACAAGAAUUUUCAAAAUAAACCUGCCUCCAUCUUGAAAA